AUGGCUGCGAUGAGGACUUUAACCGCGGCGGGUCUCUUCCUGGCGUUCUGCGCUCUGGGGCUGAUCGCAGUGGCGAUCGGCACCGACAACUGGUACGAGACGGACGCGAGGAGGCACCGGGAGCGCUGCAAGAAUUACUCGAACAAAAGGAACGACCCCGGCUACAUCUACAUCUCCAACAACAACCUCCCGCUCCGCAUGCUGCCCAAGGAGAAGAGCGUGGAGAGGAAGGGCUCCGGCGUCGGCGGUGAGAUGCUGCUGCGGGCCAAGCGGCACUUCUUGCCUCCCGCCUCGGCCAUGGAGUCCCUCUGCAGUCGGCAAUUCAACUCCACCAUCACGGGACUGUGGAGAAAGUGCCACCGAGAGGGGUUUGACUUGGAGACGGAGGAUUUGAUCUUUAAAGGAUUGGUUCGGCGCUGCAUGCCAAUAAAAUACUACUACUCAUCCUCAGCGCUGCCCAGGAACCUGCCAAUCAAUCUGACCAAGACAAUAAGGCAGGAUGAGUGGCACGCGCUCCACCUCCAGAGGAUGACUGCCAGCUUCGUAGGCAUGGCCAUAUCCAUCAUCCUGUUCGGCUGGGUCAUAGGCGUGCUGGGCUGCUGUAAGGAGCAUGAUCUGAUGCAGUAUGUCGCUGGACUUCUCUUUCUCAUGGGAGGGACGUGCUGCAUAAUCUCUCUUUGCACAUGCGUGGCUGGGAUCAACUUCGAGCUGUCCCGCUAUCCACGCUACAUGUUUGGCAUACCAGAGGACAUCAGCCACGGUUACGGCUGGUCCAUGUUCUGUGCGUGGGGAGGACUGGGCCUCACACUGCUGGCUGGUUUUCUGUGCACACUCGCCCCUUCCCUCUACCCUCCACAAACCCCUGUGGUACACAAGCCAAGGCAGGAGAAUGGCUGCGUGUGACAGGCCGCCGCACAUCUAACAGACACCUGUCUCAUCCUGAAACAGUGACGAGCCCUGUUCCAGAGACAGUUUCACCCAGGGACUCAGAGAAGUGGGAGCCUUCACACGGCUUUGACACAGAGAAAGCACAGGACUCUGGCUCUUGCUCUCAUGAAAAUGAAAAAUAAAGAGGUGACAUUUGACUGACUGAAGACGAUUUCAGGUCCUCUGGUGCUUUUUUUCCGUCCCUCUUCAUGAAUGAACUGUUCAUUGUUAUUGCUUGCUCUUGAAGAGAAGAAUAGAUAUACACAUUUUUCUUCCUGUUAAAUCUGCUAGUUUGAGAAGAAAAGAAAAAAAACAGAAAAAGAAAACACUGGCAGAAGACCCAUAGCACAACUUUAAAAUCUGUAUUGACGAUGGAUGUGUAUUGUCACAUUUCAAAGGGCAACUGUGUAUCAUUAUGUACCCAUUCAAAACAAGAUAUGUACAUGUACUUUUUAAACUGUAUGUAUGCAGAUGCAUUUGUGUUUAUUCAAGGAAAAAUAUGAGCAUUAAGACCAAACUGUGUUUGAGGGAAAUGUUUUGUUGUUCUUGAGGUCUGACCCCCAUCAAAAUAUUUUUGAAAAAUAAAACAGUCAUGCAAAACAAGUUUUUUUCUGGUGUAACAAACUGAACAGGCAUCAUAUAAACUUCCUUGUAAUGGUAUCUCCUCCUGCCUGAUUACACAAGUUUAUUAUUCCGUCAGCAGAGCCCUGCUUGGAGUCAAAAUGUGUCUUCCAUCAUGUUUAAAACAGCAGCUGUUUGUAUUUAUGACAGUGUUGCAAGCAUCAGUUUUAUGCAACCACUUCUGAACAUUUAAAUUUGCAAAUGUCAGCGGCCAAAGACUGACCGAAACGAACAACAAAAGACAAAUAAACUAGAACAAAGAAAGUAACAGUCUGCUGCUGAAGUAAAACCUAAUUUUAUAAACAUGAGUGAUCCAUACAAGGAAAUCCAGAUAACUACAUGAAAAGCUUUUCAGAUCAACUUUAAACAUGCUGACAACAGCUGCACAACUUCACUGAAUUAUCAAACUGUUUGUUUUCCAUUGACAAAAUGCCACCGUGAAUAACCUUCCCACAACAUUGAUGACAAAU